AUGAAGAUGCAGAUGUUGGUGGUGUUGGCUGUAGCAGCCUUGGUCCCCAGUCUGUCUGAGGGACGGAUCAUCUCCAAAUGUGAGCUGAAAAACUUGUUGGAGAAGGAGGCCCUCAAAUUCAACAUGACUGGGGGAACCGGAGUGAAGAACCUGGCAAACAACGAUUUUGUGGCUAAAAUUGUCUGCCACGUGGAGAAGGCCUCCGGUUUCAACACCAGUUUUGUGACUGCUUGGAGGGACGAUGACGGCCCGACCCGCCCUGCAAAGGUUAAUGACCGCCAUCGCCCUGAGCCCCCUCCUAAGAGGGGUAAGAGACAUGCCGGGGAUGAUGUCUACCCUACCCACCCUGCUAACAAUGAUAACCACCCUACCCCUCCUCCCCGCCCUAACCAUCCUACCCCUCCUCCCCGCCCUAACCAUCCUACCCCUCCUCCCCGCCCUAACUACCCUACCCGCCUUACCCUUGCUACCCGCCCUGAGCAGCCUCCUAAGAGGGGUAAGAGACACGCUGGGAAUCACUUCACCUCAGGAGAGGAAAACUCCAGCGAAGAAGAGACCAUGGGGACCCUCUACGGCUUGUUCCAGCUGAGCGAUCGUGUGAUUUGUUCCUCGGGCUCAACUCCAUCGUUAAACCUUUGCCAGAUGAACUGCAGUGCUUUGAUUGACGACGACAUAAGUGAUGACUUUAACUGUGUGAAGACGAUCAAACAGACAAUGGAAAGUGGUCGAGGUCAACAAACAAAGGCUCUGAAGAGAAUGAUCAACCUGCUCUUCCAGAAGGAAUGUGUGGCCACGGUGGCCUCCAGCUACUUCUCCAAGUGUUGAAUCCCCCAAUUGCAAAACGAUCUGAAUUGGGCUGUCUGUGUUAAUACAUAGUUCUCAUCAGCUUCAUGUUUUUCAAAGUACACCGGGAACAGAA